GUGUGUUUGUGUGUAUGUGAGCGUCUGAGUAAACACCCUGAUAAACCUCCACGCCCUAUCCUUCUUCCUUAUCAGUCUCUGAUACCGCCCAGGCUCGCUAUCUUCCUGACCUGCCUACCCCGAAUAGUCACUGUUGGCAUUGUCGAAUGACCGGCAUGGCCGAAUGGAUACAGGCAACUGUCGUUUGUGACCACGUUGCUGGCUACAGCCCGCGGACCUGGCCGCCGGUGGGGAAGUGAUGGUGGUCGAUGGGUUACACCACGCCCGCGUCGUCUGCUUGCGGACGAAUACAUAAUGUCUCAACCCCCCCGAGUCUGGUGUGGCUUGAGCCUCCACAGCUGAGCCCAGCAGGGUCGUUGGCACAUUUAUUAUCCCAAGAGACGUCCCCAACGACAAUUCGUCCGAGGCCAAGGACCACCAGAAGUGUCCUACGCAAGGAGAAACCGUUACCCGACUUGCGACAAAGAUGAAGGGUUUCAAUCGAGACGAGUUGAGGCUACGUUGUACCUCGGUCAAGGCAUGGGAGCUUCCCCGGCACUCUAGUAGUGCUCUCGCCCCUGAGGGAGUAUGGACGAACGAGGACAUGGACCCUGUCAAGCCGGAGGACCAAACCUGGAGCAUCUGGACCAUCCUCGCUUACUGGAGCAGCGAUCUCAUGAACCUUUCGACGUUGCAGACGGCAGGUUCAAUCCUCGCGGUGGGCCUGUCGUGGCGAGAGAGCAUUCCCAUCAUGUUUGUGGGAACGACCUGCAUCGCCGUGGCCAUGGUCCUCAACGGUGCCAUAGGCAGCAGGCUGCAUCUGCCUUUCAGCGUCAUCGCAGCGGGCUCCUUUGGCUACUGGUUCCGGUACUUUGCGAUUGUGAGCCGGGCGGUUCUCGCCAUGUUCUGGCUAGGCGUCCAGUGUGCCAACGGCUCGUAUUGCAUCACCAUCAUGCUGAGCGCCUGGGCUCCUUCUUACGCAAGAAUCCCCAACACGCUGCCCGAAUCGGCCGGCAUCACUUCCAUGGGGAUGUGCUCUUUCUUCCUCUUCUGGAUACUCCAGCUGCCGAUGCUACUCAUACACCCGACAAAGCUUCGUCCGCUCUUCUACGUUAAACUCAUCGCCACCCCGGCCGUCGUCCUCGGCACACUGGGCUGGGCGGUCAAGAAGGCCGGCGGCGGCGGCGAGAUCUUCAAGCUGCAGCCCGAGGUCCCCAAGGGGACGGCGCAAUACGCCUGGCUGUGGCUGAGCUGCAUGUCGAGCGUCACGGGGCAGUGGGCGACCAUGGGGGUGAACAUCCCCGACUUUCUGCGCUACAGCAAGAGCCCCAAUGGGCAGCUGGUGCAACUUCCCUUCGUCCCUUUGGUCUUCACCCUGUGCGGCACCAUGGGGAUCAUCACGACGUCGGCGACCAAGACGUUCCACGGAGAGUAUCUUUGGAACCCGCUUGAUAUCGUCAGUCUCUGGCUGGAGAACGGUUCCGGCGGGCGCUGCGCCGCUUUCUUCGCCGCUUUCGCAUGGUUCAUCGCGACGGUGGGAACCAACGUGACGGCAAACUCCAUCAGCGCAGCCAACGACCUGACAAUCAUGUUCCCACGCUAUGUCAAUAUCAAGCGGGGUUCAUUGAUAGCAGCCGUGAUCGGAGGCUGGGUCCUUGUUCCUUGGAAGAUCCUGGCCAGCGCCACUACCUUUCUCAACUUCAUGGGCGCCUAUGCCGUGUUCCUGGCUCCGAUCAGUGGGAUCCUCGCGGCCGACUUCUGGAUCGUAAAAGGUCAGAAAUACGACCUGCCCGGCCUGUACGAUCCUCAUGGCCGUUAUAGAUACGUAGCAGGGUGUAACUGGCGGGCCUUCGUCGCCUUCAUCGUGCCGGUGGCCCCUAGCCUGCCCGGCAUGGCUUUGGCCAUCAGCGGCUACCCGGCGGUCCAGAUUUCCGAGGGCGCACAGCAUCUGUACAGCUUCGACUGGCUCUUUGGCUUCGUCGUGUCAAUCUUCCUAUACACCACCCUGAGCUGGCUUGCACCCGCAAAGGAGACGCUGGUUGAGCGGACGAUCUGGACGAAGGACGGGGCCGACAUCGAGGCGACAAGUCGUGGCAGCGAUGUCGAGGACCCCAAGUUGCCGGAAAAGGGGCACACGACAGCGACACGUGCCAUCUCGGACGACGACAAAGUAUUGUAAGACCGGCGGCCACACAGGUGGUGGUUAGUAAAGUUCCAUCCUACAGUGGCCCGUUCACUACCUGACGGAUGAGCGAAAGAGACGAGUCGUGGGUAGAAUCGUCCAAACCAUGCCCCUUGUUCGCAAAAGGCCUUUGCGGGCUCACGCGCCAUCGUCGAGGAAAAGCCGAACAUGUCUGCUCCGCCCCCCCAGUAUUUUCCUUAGUAUAUUAUAUACAUUCUCCAAUAAUGGACAAUUGAGAC